GAUUACCUUCGAUUGCCGCUUCUACCAACGCAUGUCCGUGGAAUGCACACAAUGCUCGGAUCUCACCUGCCUAUAACCCCAUGAUCUUGAGCCCGACCUUGAAGCCGCAGCAUGAGCUGAUCAUGCGAUUCGCACAAUGAUAGGGGCCCUGGACACCGCCUGUCAAGCAUCAAUCAUGGAAUGUCAGGUGUCAUCUGCGGCUCCCGAUUUUCGGUGGCCUCUAGCCGGCUGCUGUCCAUCUGGCAGUUGAUUCUCGGUUUUGUUAGGUGGACUUUUGGGCUAUUCGUUUGUUCGAAGCGGCAGUCUCAUAAGAACGUCCUCUCUCGAUUCGAGUUCCUCAAUAUCCCUGGAGAGAUUCGUAACCCCAUAUACGACUUCAUCAUCGACGAUCUUCCGGACACCAUCUCAGUGGAAAAUAUACGCCGUCUGCCGGCUCUGGCUCUUACGAACAAACAGAUCCGUGAAGAAUUCAUUUCCCGGCUCUUCUGCAGGAAGUUCGUCGAUAUCCCCACCACGUCCUCUCUUUGGGCGCUGGAGUCCCUCAUUUUCGAUACACCUUUGCGCCCUCAUGCGCUCGACAUGAUAACCCACAUACGUCUACCCGAUUUCUGCGAAAUUGCUUCCUCACCCACACGCGCUUCCGAGGUUUUCGAUGCCUGCAACUGGCUUCCCAAUGUGAGGUCCCUGCAGCUAAACCUCCUUCUCGACCCCAUAAAACUACCAAUUCUUCGCAAUCCAAGCCUGAGCCCUGGCCACAUUGUUGAAAGAGUCGCAGAAGCGCUUGGUUUGGACAAGCUGGUCAAGAUCCAGCAGCUUGGCUUCCUCUCCGUCCUCUGCGUGCUUGAGGAUUGUGGGUUGGAGAUAAGGAAUAGUGAGGCGCUGCUGGAGGAGCUGGGAAGCUGGAUAGGUGAUCGUCUGGACCGGGCUGAAAGCGUUUCAGCAGUGGAAGGAUCCGUUGCCAUUCUGGGGGAUGCUCGGACGGGUCUAAUUGGGUUUGGGAUUAGCCGCCCAUAGAUGGAAGAUUUCGGGCUGUAAAUCGUCAGUUUGGCCACUGUAGUGCCCAGUGGAACUGAAUUUGGAGCUGUCUUUGGGUUCA